UUCAGUAUUUAUAAUUACUAAUUCUUUUAUAUUGCUUUUACGAGACUAAUUAAGAUACAUACAGAAGUAAUUUAAAUUGGAUAUCUCAGUUACACUACUGUCAAGGAUGGUACCGGUAUUCUUAUCCAGAUAUUGAUUUAGAUAUCUAAAGAGUGUGUUUGUUGAACUAAUAUUAUAAUAAUGAAGUUUGGUGAGAAUUUACAAGCUCAUUUGACUCCUGAAUGGAGGAGUCAAUACAUAGAUUAUGAAUUUCUGAAAACUUUACUCUAUGACUGUAGAGAAGAAAGUCCUGAUGCUGAAAUCACAGAAGAAGCAACAGUACAGCGAUACUAUGCACGAUUCGAAGAAAAAUUCUUCGCUAUUUGUGACAAGGAAUUAACUAAAGUUAAUACAUUUUAUGCUGAGAAGCUGGCUGAAUCAACCAGAAAGUUUGCAACACUUCAAAGCGAACUCCAAGCACAAAAAGCAUCCCUUUUGAAAAAGGGGCCUGUGCGACAAAGAAGAAAAAGUGAAUUUCUAAUACCCACAAGAAAAAAUGUCCAAGUCAAAACUGUGAAAGAUCUCAAAUUGGCUUUUUCUGAAUUCUAUUUGAGUCUUAUCCUCUUACAAAAUUACCAAGAAUUAAACUUUACUGGUUUUCGUAAAAUUCUCAAAAAGCAUGAUAAAAUGCUUGAAACUGAUAAAGGGUGCAAAUGGCGUCAAAAAUAUGUGGAAACAGCCCCUUUUUAUACAGAUACACAUAACUCACAAUUAAUUUUAAAAACAGAAACAAAAUACAUAAAUGAUUUGGAGGGAGGUGAUCGUUCCAAGGCAAUGAAAAGAUUACGUGUGCCACCACUGAGUGAGUUUGAAAUGUAUCCAAGAUGGACGGUCUUUCGAGUAGGCCUCUUCUUAGGUAUAUUGUGCAUGAUAUUUGUUGUGGGAAUAAUAUCUGCAAUAAUAUUGGAAGUAAAAGUGGAUCCAUGGCUGGCAUUGGACCUUUAUCGGCCUGGAUUAGUACUCUUCUUGUUUUUAUUCUUCAUUGGGAUUAACACAUGGGGAUGGCGAUCUGCUGGAGUGAAUCACGUGCUUAUAUUUGAAAUAGAUCCUCGAAAUCAUUUGUCACAUUACCAUUUGUUUGAGCUAGCUGCAUUAGCAGGGAUUCUUUGGGCCAUCAGUGGUAUAUUUUUGAUAUUUGGCAAUUUAGAACCUCUCUCGGAUCAUUUUCCUGUUUAUCUCAAUCCUGGAUUAUUGUACGCGACUUAUUUAAUCUUUCUACUGAAUCCCUUACCUAUUCUGUACCAUAAGGCCAGGUUUUGGCUUUUACGUCGAAUGUGGCGACUGUUUGCUUGUGGGUUUUAUCACGUUGAAUUUGCUGAUUUCUGGCUGGCAGAUCAAUUGAACAGUCUUGUCUCAUUAUAUAUUGACUUUGAAUUCGUUGUAUGCUUCUAUGGCUUUGAUGGAAAUAUAUGGGAUGGAUGGAGAGGCGAAAAAAAUUUAAGAACAUGUGCUUCAUAUUCAUAUGGUCUACGUGCAGUUCUUGCAUGCUACCCAGCAUGGAUACGUUUUAUUCAAUGCCUCAGACGUUUUUAUGACAGCAGAAAAUGGUUCCCUCAUUUUGUAAAUGCUGGCAAGUACUCAACAGUUUUUUUCAAAGUGCUAUUCAAUGCAUUGUUCGUAUUGCAUUUUGACCAUACAGGUGAACUAAACAGUGUAUAUUUUUAUUUGUGGUUAGCUAGCUUGUUUAUAAGCAGCUGUUAUACGCUAGCUUGGGACAUAAAAAUGGACUGGGGAUUUUUAGACAAAAAUGCUGGUGAAAAUAAAUGGCUACGUGAAGAGAUUGUUUAUUCCUAUAAAGCGUAUUACUAUUUUGCUAUUGUUGAAGAUUUUAUUUUAAGAUUUUCUUGGGUAAUAAGUGUUGCAAUCACCCAUACUUUAAAAUCAACUGUUUCCAAUGGGAUAUUAAAAACUGUUUUUGUUAUAUUGGAAGUUUUUCGACGUUUUAUUUGGAAUUUUUUUCGACUUGAGAACGAACAUUUAAAUAACUGUGGUGAGUUUCGAGCAGUUCGGGAUAUUUCAGUUGCACCACUGCGUGAAGAUGAUCUUGCGACAUUAAUGCGUAUGAUGGAUGACGAAAAUGGUGUGGAGGAUUAUAGAAGAAGAGUGCGGGAAGGUGGUUCUGGGGGGAAAUCACUAGGAUCAAAUUUAUCUCGCAAAGUAGGAUCAUCUAUUCGUCAUAAUGCUUCUUCUGGUGUUAUGUUGUAUGUCGGCAGUGGGGGCUCUGACGAGGAAGGAACAAGUACAAGUGCUAUUUGAUUGAAAUAUUAUUCCCUUAUCGAUCAUUUUUUGUCAUCUAAUAGGUAAAAUUUAUAUAAUGGUGCUAAUCAUAGUGCUGUAUUAUUUAUGUUUGAAACCUUGCCAGAUUGAGAAUACAUCUGAAAAAAUACAUCUUUAUGUAGUAAAUAUUGUGAAUUACCGUAUAAAGUCAUCGAGAUAAUCAAAACGGUGGGAAUUGGAUGUCAUGGCUAAAAUUUGUAAACCAAAAAAUGUCACACAAUUUUGUGAUACAUCUGUUUCCAUAGUUUAGUAGUAAUGAUUUUGCUUCUCAUUUGCAUUGAUUCAUUGUGAGAGUCUUUCAGUCACUAAUUUUUAUUCUUCUAAGCAAACCAUCUAAAGUUCCAAAAUAUUUAAAAACGUGAAAUCCAAGAUUUUACUGUUGCUAUAACCAAAUAUUGUACAGUAAGAGUGUAAGACAAAAAUUUACCACGCUUGAAUUAUGAAACAUUCUUUUCUACCAUCUUAUUUGUAUUUUGAAUGUAUUUGUCAAUUCCGUAUUUGUUUUUUUUUAUGGUAUUUCAUGGACACUGUUGGAAGCUAUUUGCAAAUUCGAUACCUGUGCAUAUAUAUUUUAUUCAUGAGGGGACUCUCACCUGAAAUUGAAUUAAUUGAGAAAAGGGCACUUGCUUAGAGUAAUAAAUUCACUAUUCUUACAUGACCUACUGUUCAGACUUGUAUUGCAGCCUUAUGGAUUUACUAUAAUAUCAGUCAUUAUGUGAAACCUAUGUUUUGUUAUUAUUUAGAAUGGCAAGAGUUUGAAUUGAAGUAAACAUGGAAUAUGAUGGAAUGAUCGAUUCAUUUGUGACUUCACUAGUAAUAGAGCCCUGAUGCUGAAAGUGAAUUAGUGGCAUCUUUUUUCCCUAGUUGUUCUGAAACUGUAUAAUAUUAAUAAUGAAUACUUGAGCGUUGAGCCAAAAAUGUUGUUUUCCAUAUUUAAAAUAAAAAGCCUCACUUGGAAAAAAUUUGUUGUAUACCUUUCAAUUGCUUGGAAUUGUUACUUGUGUUGUUGCCUUGUAAAUUUGUUUUAUUGUUUUAUAACCUAUUGCUAUACUGCCUACAGCUAUGACUUUCUGUGCUGUGAAAUAAACACAAACAAUGUGAUGCCUUUAUUAUUUAUAGCCAAUAAAUUUAAUAUCAUUUUUGUGUUUCCUUGAAUUACUAAGAUUGUGGGCCCAUUCCUGUUGUACCUAUUUGCGGAGCAUUGGCUGGAUGUCAAUAAAUGAAUCCCCAAUAAUUACUUUUCAAUUUCAAUGAAUAAGCACUUUUAUUCAUCCUAUUGUUCAUUUCCCUGUAUGUGUCAUGCACAUGCACCUAUUAUUAAUAAUUUAUGUUAAAUUUCGCUGAGCUAUAGUUUUCUAAAUAUAGCAUGGAGGGUUAAUCAAGUAUGGUUCAUAGGUCAGUAACACAUUAGUUGGCAACAGGAAUGUGCCGAAGCUUCAUUCAAAUUACCUACCCCAUAAUAGCCCAAGUGGGCUACCAAGUAUCAUUAUAACUUUCUUUGAUUAUGGGUUCAGUGUAAAACAAUAUACUUUGAACGAAUUGAACAUUAGAAAUACCUGAAAAGGUAUUUUUCAAUGAUUCAGAUAAUCGAAAUUAUGAUUUCUGUAACCAAUUUCACUGUGGCGUCAUGGUUUUUCUUUUGAGUAAAAUUAACAUGUUUUUUGCAAAGUGUGUUUACGUUAUUUGAUAUCAUUGUUGGCCACACUUCUAAAAUACCAAACUCUUCAAAUAUAGAUAUCCCAACAUCCCUAGUUAUACGUCUCAGUGGAACUGUUAUUUGCUUUUCAUAUAUGUGGUAAGAUAUUUUUUCAUCUGUGAGAUAUUGAUUUUUAGAUUGUGUUUCGAAAGCAUGAGUUUAUCAAUAUUCAGUGUUACUUUUCACAAAACUAAAUGAGUGGUAAAAUGUAUUAACUUUUACCCUAUUGCCGUAAUUUCUUAUUUCAUUUUUCUUGUCUGUAGCAUGAAAUGAUAUUAUUAUUAAAAUUAUUUUUAUAUUGUUUAUAUUUGUUCUCUUACAUCCGUUGUUGUUAACAG